AUGAAUACAUAAGUUUAUGACCUUUUUACUUCGAAUGAGAAUCCAAAAUUUGUAGCCAAAAUGUUAGCCUAAUAUAGGAUCAUUCAAUUUCUAGGUCAAGGAGCGUUCAGUAGCGUAUUUAAAGCAUUUUGUGAUGGUGAGUUUUUCGCAAUCAAGGUGAUACAGAUAGUUGACAAGAUGAAAGGAAACGCAGAGAAAUUAUAGCAGGAAGCCUUAAUUUUAAGUUAACUGAAGCAUCCUAACAUCGUACGAUAUCAUAGAACAUUUGAAUCCAAAAGAAGACUCUAUUUUAUAUUAUCCUACAUAGAAGGGAAAACCCUCUAACAAUACAUAGAAGAUGGCAGCGUCAGAUUUUCCGAGAAAGAAUGCAUAGCUUUAAUUCACUAAUUGGUUGAUAUACUGAGCUACCUCCAUUCCAAUAGGAUUAUUCAUCGAGAUAUAAAGCCCGAUAACAUGAUUGUUGAUAAGAACCUUAACCUCACUUUAAUAGACUUUGGCCUCAGUUAUAUAACUACCUAGUAAAUAACUACACAUUAAAAUUGCGGAACUCUAAUAUAUAUGGCCCCAGAAGUACUGAUGAAAAAGGAAUACUUCAAAUCUGUAGAUAUCUGGAGUUGCGGCAUCAUUCAGUAUUAAUUAUUAAAAAAUUGCCAUCCAUUUUGGAAAAAUUAAAAAAAAGAAAGUUAUAUCAAAUAGAUGUCGAUACCACAGAAAGUAGAUUUUAGCGGUAUGUCCAAGUAUAAUUUUAAAUUUGAAAGAGCUGCUAUUUCUUUUUUUGAAAAAACUGCUGCUUUUGAACCUGAAGCAAGAAUAACUGCUGAAUAGGCUUUGUUGCAUCCAUGGAUUACCUGUUAGUCAUCAGAGACAUAGAUUAUGACAAGCAAAGAAAUAUUCUAAGCCUACAGAGGAAUAGUUGUAUUCACAAAGUUUUAAAAAUUACUUGUUUUUAUACAAUUUAUUAAAUCAAAUAGUGAAAAGGCCAUAAGAGCAAUAGUUUUACCAUAAAAUUAGCGUUUUUUUUCAAAAUAAAAGAGUCCAAAGAAACCAAAUUUUAUUAAAAUACCUACUAGAUCUUGUUUAAAUUCAAGCAAUAGUAGUAGAGAAAGCUCUGAGAAACACAAAAUAAAAUUACCACCUAUUAUUCAUUCAAAGAGAAGUCCUAAGGGCGAAGCAAGCCCUUAUCCUUUUCCUUCCAAUUAUAAAAUUUCAAAUCCAACCUAAACAACACUAGAAUUUAAAAAAUCUCAUUUUAGAUUGAAGUGA